AUGGAAGAACUGGAAACUUUCCCAGUCAAUCCAGAAGACUCCAAUCAAGUCUUGCGCAUAGAGAAGUCAUUAUCGCCUGAAGAAAAAAUUGAGAUGAUACGAUUCCUGAAAGAAAACCUGGAUGUCUUCGCAUGGAAACAUAAAGAUAUAGUGGGAAUAGAUUCUAGGAUCAGUUGCCAUCACCUUAACAUCAACCCUUCCUAUGCCCCCCAUAGACAGAAGAGGCGUGCCCUGAACCCGGACCGGUACGAGGCGCUGAAAGACGAAGUAAGUAAACUUAUCCGUAGUGGUUUCAUCAGAGAGGCCAUAUAUCCGAGGUGGAUAUCCAACCCGGUUCUGGUGAAAAAGUCCAGCGGGAAAUGGAGGGUCUGUGUGGACUUCACAAACCUGAAUAAGGCGUGUCCCAAGGACAGCUUCCCACUUCCAAGAAUUGAUCAACUGGAAGACUCCACUGCUGGGCAUGAACUACUGAGUUUCAUGGAUGCCCUCCAGGCGGCCGAACAUGUGAGUCACAUUGACCAAACCUUCCAGAUACUCAGAAAGUAUAACAUGAAGUUGAACCCCCUCAAGUGCACUUUCGGAGUGGCAUCAGGCCAGUUCUUGGGAUACAUUGUAAAUCAGAGAGGAAUUGACGCAAAUCCGACAAAGCAAGGAAAGAGAUUUCAAUGGACUUUGGAGUGCCAAGAAGCCUUCGAGUCUCUGAAGAAACACCUCGGGGAAGCACCCCUCCUGUCGAAACCCCAUCCGGAUGAAUCUCUGUUGCUGUACCUAGCAGUUUCAGACGUGGCAGUCAGCACGGUCCUAACCAGGGAAGAAAAUGAGCGUCAAUUGUCGGUGUAUUACAUCAGCAAAGCACUUCUCCCAGCUGAAACACGUUACUCCGACAUGGAAAAACUGGCACUCGCACUUAUCACAGCCUCGAGAAAGCUGAGGCCAUAUUUCCAAGCCCACUCAAUACAAGUCCUCACCAAUUUUCCUUUAAGGCAAGUGAUGCAGAAAACGGACGCGUCGAGACGCCUGCUGAAAUGGGCUAUCGAGCUCAGCGAGUUCGAUCUCACGUUCCGACCUAGACACGCUAUCAAGGGCCAGACCCUUGCCGAUUUUAUGGUCGAGUUUACCAAAGCCCUAGAAAUGGAGGCCCUAAUGGAACCGACCGAGCCCCCCACAUGGAAAUUGUUUGUAGAUGGGUCUUCGGGAGAGGCUGGCGCGGGGGCGAAAAUCGUGUUGGAGAGCCCGGAAGGCCAUUUGCUAAAUUGUGCGGUAAGAUUCGGCUUCAGAGCCUCGAACAACGUGGCCGAAUAUGAGGCCCUUCUGGCAGGUCUAAGGCUCGCUAAGGAAAUACAUGUCAAGAAGCUCCUAGCAAGCAGUGAUUCUCAGCUCGUAGUAAAUCAGGUAAAUGGGGAUUUCGCAGCCAAAGAUGAUGCCCUCUCAAAGUUAGCCAGCAGCAUGAACUCAGAGCUUCUAAACAUCGUCCUCAUUGAGCACUUAUCGAAGCCCUCCACCUUCGAAGGCGAAGAGUUACUAUGGAUAGAAGGCACCCCAUUGUGGAUGCAGCCCAUAAUCGCAUAUCUGAAGGAACAAACGCUGCUUGCUUCCAGAGGCGAAGCAAGAAAAUUAAGAAGAAGGGCUGCACACUUCGUCCUUCAAGAAGACACCCUUUACAAGAGAGGCUUCGCUUCGCCCCUUCUUCGAUGUGUGGGCGGAGAAGAGGCCACAUACAUACUCAGAGAGAUACAUGAAGGGAUCCGGAGGGAUGGCUCUGGCACACAAGGUUCUCCAUUCGGCAUCCCCCACUCCAUUGUCUCUGAUAACGGGCGGCAGUGCGACAAUAAGAAGAUGCGAGACUUGUGCGACGAACUGGGCAUAAAGAAGGACGUUUCGACUUCGCAUCACCCCCAGGCAAAUGGACAGGUUGAAGCAGUGAACAAGACUAUCAAGCACACCCUGAAAAGGAAACUGGAUUCCUCGAAAGGCGCCUGGGUUGACGAACGUCCCCACGUCCUCUGGAGCAUCAGAACGACUUGCCGGACUGCAACCGGCGAAUCCCCAUUUUCCAUGACCUACGGAGCCGAAGCAAUGAGUCCGGUCGAAGUUGGGGUCCCAUCACAUCGACGGAUACAUUUCAAUGAGAUCAGCAACGACGAGGCACGAAUAAGUGAACUGUACCUCCUUGAGGAAAAGAGAGAGACUUCCCAAGUGACCUUGGCAAAAUAUCAUCGCAAGAUGACCCGCUUUUACAACUCCAAGGUCAGAAACAGAACUCUCCGUUUGGGCGAUCUCGUCCUCAGAAGAGUUUUCCAAUCAUCAAAACCAACCGGGUCAGGAGUUUUCGGCCCGAACUGGGAAGGCCCUUACCGCAUUCGAGGGGAACCCCGACCUGGUACAUACAAGAUAGAAGAUAUGUCGGGAAAGAUGCUACCUCACAAGUGGAACAUCGAGCACUUGAGAAAAUACUACCAGUGA